AAUUUUGUUCGGGCGAGUCAUCAAAGUACUUUCACGUAACGGGAGAUGGCGCUUUGGUUUUGGCCAGUAGCAUACGGGCCGGGUUUACCUGUGAAUAUAGACCAGUGUGACUGCAAACCGGACAGCGAUUGUACCUCAACUUCAGCCUACUGUGGAGAUGGUAGCACUGGUAAGAAGGAUACUCACGUCCGUCAAAUAUAACUAUUAGUCAAUCCAACCAAGAUGUAAAAGUAACAAGUAAUAUACCGAUAUUUGCUCCGUCUGUGUAACAUGUCGAACGGAGUUAUUUUUCUGUUACAAUCUUUCUGUUUUGUAUUGACGGGCCUAAUAUCAAUGACAAAGUCGCUGUUUGUUUGGUAUCACUUUAGAGACAGUUGAGUCCGAAAUGUAGGCUACAUAUUAUAAAUAUAUACAAUAACGCAUGUAGACUAGGAAAAUAAAUACAAAACGCAAAAGUAUACUAAGCUGAUAAGGCCACCGUUUUGGGUUUAAAGGUUAAACUCCUGACAAGUAAAGAAAAUUGAUCAGUCUCAUGCUUCACUACUUAUCUCUCUCCCUGCAGGUUUGUGGUUGGACUUCAACAGUGUUUUGACAGGAGCUCUCACUGUGGUGGGCUAUCUCCUCUACAGAUUCUCACAGGGUCAGUAGUCUUAGCCACAACAGUACUAUUGUCAGCAAAUACUUAUUUGAUGUACAUAAUGUUGUCUUAUCUGUAAGAUGAUCCUCUCUCCCAUCUGGGGACUGACUGUGGUUUUGACAUCAACUGGUGUUGUGUAUCUGAUUGCUUGAUAAUCAAUUUGUUUUGUGUCCGUAAAUAGUAUUCCUUUGUUUGAUCCUGAUUGAGUUCAUUUAUCUCUUUGGCCCGCUACAGCCCUCCCAGCUCUGAUAAGAUGGCCCAUCCAUCUCUUCUGCACGCUCACUGGUACGUCAUCAUGGCUGGGAUCCAACUGGAGGUUGAACCUUGAACCGUAUUGCAUUAUUCAGCCUACAUGUCUAAUCAUUCAUCAGGUGUCAACAUUUAUCUGAGUAUCUUCAUCUGAGCAACAGAUUAAAUUAAAUGUCUUCUUGAUUAAAUACUAUUUUAAACUAAAUACUAUUCCCUCUGUUUUAGGUCUGUCCUCACUGUGGGGUUGGGUGAGCCACCUGAUGGGAACUCUUCGUAGUACGUACUGUCACAAUUCUUAACCUUUCUCAAUAUUCAUUAAUAUGUUUACUAAACUCAUCUGAAUGUAACAUAUGCAGUAGAUUAAUUGAUUGCAUCACAGAUUUGAGGUAAUCCUAAAGUAGAGUAAUGUAUGUUGUUGUGGUGAAUGAUUUGUUAAUUCUGUCUUUGUGUUUCAGGCUUACAGUACUUUCUGAAGUGUCUGUCUCGUAUUUGGAGGUUUAUAGUUGGUAAGAGAUUGCUAAUACCCACCCACCAUAUGACUGAUCAUGUCUUUGAUUGAUUACAAAGUGUUGAUAAUGUAUUGAUAUUGUUUGUUCGUCUAUCAGCUUCAUUCUCAAAACUCAGCGGGUUCACUGUUAUCAUUAAAAACAACUCUGGUAAGUUUCUCUCCCCUUUCUCACUCGUUCUCCCUUCUCUAUUUAAUUGUAAGUUCUGUUCUUUUUUAUGUGUAAUUUAGUUUACCAUACUGUUCCCCUCAGGUUCACUAUCAAAUGUGAAGCAAUGUGUGGAAUCUGUCAGCAAACUGAAAGAGGAUUUAGAGCAUUUAUAUUAUGUUCCUAGCUGCAUCUGUAUUCCUGCACAAAUAACAUCCUAUCAACUGUGUCCUUUAAUCUUGUGGGUUGUUUUCCUUUAUAAUAGAAAUGGCACUUGAUGAAAUCAUGACAUAAAUCCCUCAAUUCAUUGAAUUAACUGUUCUGCUCUCAUGUUCCUUUUAAUUUUUGCUCAGACCAACAAAUUUGUGAAUUAUUUAUGCACUCCCUUGUCUAUUUAUUUUCCAGGGGCUUCUAGUGACAGUCCCCCAGGCACAGAGCCCUCUCCCAGCCCUAUUCCCAGUGAGCCUGGGCUGAGGCUCAUCCUUAUGGGGCUUCCCGGUGGAGGCCGGACCUCCCUUGCAGACACCCUGGUUGGCUGCAGCCUCCCUCAAGUUGGGGGGUCCCUGGGGGCUGUGAUGGAGUGUACCAAGCGGAGGGCGGUGGUGGACAGGCGAGAGCUGAUCGUAAUAGACACCCCAGACCUCCUGGGUCCAUCUCUGGGCGACAGUAUGAGAGCCUUGGAGGCCCUCCGCAGCCUGCAGCUGGCCAGCCCAGGCCCCCAUGCCUUUCUGCUGGUGCUCCGGAUCCCUGGAGAUGGGGUGGACCAGGAUGCUGCUAGCGCCACCAGGGCCCUCCUAGAGCUGGUCGGGGAGAGUGCCACAGGCCACAUCCUCAUUGUCCUCACCCAUGCUGACUGUCUGGGCCCGGGCUCCACGCUAGCCCAGCUACUGGAGGAUGAUGCUGGAGGCCUCAGAACUGCUCUGUCUCUGUGUGGUCAGCGGGCUGAGCUUGUGGACAACAACCCAGACAGGCCGGUGGCGGAGAGGAGGGAGCUGGCCAGGGGGCUGCUGGAGAGGGUAGCAGAGAUGAGGGCACUGAGGGGACACUACACCCACGAGCUGCAGAAAAGGGAGGACAGUGUGAUGGAGGAACUGCUGAUGGACAUGGCCUCUGUGUUGGCACGGAAACUGGGACAGGAGUAUUGAGAGUAGAAGAGAAAUACUUCAUUUUGGGUUUAGGUGCAUUUUGUUGACUUUUUUUUGUCACUCUUGGAUUCUGGGUAUGUUAUUGUGUUUGGGGAAUUGAUCCUCAUUUCACUGACUGUAUGAAUUAUUGUUAAGUAUGUAAGACUUAGCAUGGGCUUGUUUUGUAAAAUGUCAAGAUCAUGUUCUUACGGUACUGCUGUUAUUGAACAGUAUUUAAUCAAUGUCAAUUUGCCUUCAUGUACCCUACUUUGUUUUCUUGCACACUCUUUCUUGUAUGUGUCUACUACAUUCCUCCC